CACGUACUCUUCUUCUUCUUCUUCUUCAUUUACCUUCUUCUGCGAUCUACUUAGCUUCAUUCUGAUCGCAUGUACUUCUGUUUUCAUAGCUUCACAUCGUGCGACGAUGGAGUGAGUCAAGAAGAAGAAGAAGCAGAAUCGUUCUUCAAUCUCUAGGCGUAGCUGUGGAUGAUCCAGCCCAACAUUCCAAACAAAGAAUUACUUUGGGGGGGAAAGGAGGGAAGGAAGGAAGGAAUAACGGGGAGUCACGCGAAACCAUGCAUCACGCCAAACCUCUCCCCGCUCUCGAAACCAUCACCAUGCCCAGCAAAGUCCGCACCACCUUCCUCCUCAUCGCCGUCGCCCUCCUCGCCUUCUUCCACUUCCACCUCCGCCUCUCUCCCCCAGGCGCUGGCGCCCUCUACCCCGGAUUCGGCCUCUCCAACCUCUCAGUAUCGCGGCCCUCGGAGCAGUCUGCUGCUGUCGCGCUCAAUUAUGCGAUCCGCGAGGCGGAGUCCGUCCCCUCCCGCCACGUGUCCUCCAUCCCCGAGGAACCGAUCGACACCGUCUCGAUCCUAUUCCCUGCCUGGGAGGUGUUCGCCAUCGCGCCUCCGGCGGAGGAGGACGGUCGAGUCCGAGAGCGCGACUGGCACUGCGUCUUCCAGAACAACGCCACCUCGCCGGCGGCGCUCGCCGGAGUCCUCCCCUUCACGAACCGGACGAUGUUCAAGUGCGAACUCCCGCCCAGCGUCCGCCGCCUCCGGCCGUUCUACCAGCCGGCGCUGACGCGGUCGUCGUCGGAGAGGGCGUUCCCGGCGAUAGCGACGGGAGGCGCGGCGAAGGAGCUCUUCCGGUGGAACUUCCUCGCGUACGAGUCGCUGUCCACGGAGGACGACGUCGUUCUUUUCGUAAAGGGCGUGAACAACCGACAAGGCAUCAACAGAUCCCCCAGCGAGCUGAGCUGCGUCUUCGGCGACGAUCCCGCCACCGCCGUGAGGACCGCCGUAAUGAGCUCCGCUCAGGAGGUCUUCCGUUGCGCGCACCCCAAACUCUCCGCCGUCGACUCCGGAACGGAAAUCAAAAUUAAAAUCACGCUCGAAAUCGCGCUCGAGAAUCGGGUGAUUCCUUCCGUGGCGUACUACACCCCCGAGAGGCGCAAACUAGCAACGAAUGGGUCUCGGUCACUACUGUGCGCGUGCACGAUGGUGCACAACGUGGCCAAGUUCCUCAAGGAGUGGGUGAUGUACCAUGCGAGCAUCGGGGUCGACCGGUUCUUGCUCUACGACAACGGCAGCGACGACGGCCUCCAGUCUGUAGUCGACGACCUCAACCGGGGCGGGUACCACGUCCGCAUGCUGACGUGGCUGUGGCCGAAGACGCAGGAGGCCGGCUUCUCCCACAGCGCGAUAUACGCGAAUGAUUCGUGCGAAUGGAUGGCGUACGUGGACGUGGACGAGUUCAUCUUCGCUCCGGCGUGGAACAGCUCAGCGCUCCCGUCUAAACUUAUGCUGACCUCGCUGUUGCCGGCUCAGGAUGGUCCGGCUUUGCAUGGACAGGUCUCGAUCAAGUGCUACGAGUUCGGGCCAUCGAACCAGAAGACGCACCCGCCGGAGGGGGUGACCCAGGGCUACACGUGCCGGACGAGGACCGAGCAGCGGCACAAGUCGAUGCUCCGGCUGGACGCCGCACACGCCUCGCUGCUCAACGUGAUCCACCACUUCAGACUGAAGGAAGGGUACAAGUCGAAGCAGGUGAGGCUGGAGGACGGGGUGGUGAACCACUACAAGUACCAGGCGUGGUCCGAGUUCAAGACCAAGUUCAGGAGGAGAGUCUCGGCCUACGUCGUGGACUGGACCCAGGCGAUAAACCCGGCAUCCAAGGACCGCGCCCCCGGGCUCGGGUUCGAGCCAGUUGAGCCCAGAGGUUGGGCCCAGAGGUUUUGCGAGGUUGGGGACGAUAGGCUGAAGGCAUUGACUCAGAGGUGGUUCGGGCUGGAGUCAGGUUCCGGGUACACCAUGGCUUGGCAAAGAUGACGACGACGAACUACUCCCAGUUUUUGGCAUGGUCUUGACUUGGGGAUACAACAGAGUUCUGAUGGUAAAUACAUGGGGGGAGUGGAUAUACAGGAAGACGAUUCUUUUAAACUUUCUUGGUGCAAGAUCCUGGAGGAAUGGUGGGUUAGGAUUCAUUGAAUUUUCUUAUUACCUAUCUUAAUAAUUGCGUUGAAAU